UGGCAGUAAAAUCGGCUGCCAAAACCGAGAAAGGAAUAUAAAAAAAGCAGCACACGAAGCGAGAAGAGAAUGUUACAAUUUUAAGAGUUUCAUUUGAUAUGGAAGUGCACAUGAGCAUUUUAAAGCAAUGUAGGGGUGAGAAUUUUUCCGUUUAUGUUUAAUACAUUUAGCCAGUCGCUCGUUCGUUCGUUUGUUUGCUCGCUCACACGCUCGCUCUGCUACUUUACUUUUUACCCAACUACGGGCAAAAAUAUUUUUCGUCUCUCCCGCACCAUUAUCAUCAUUACAGUGCCAGCGCUGUUAUUUAUUUUUAUUCUCUCCACACACUGCUACUGAUGCUUGCUCAUGUUGGUUCUGUGUGGUGUAGUGACCGAUUUUUGAGUGUGAUGGAAUUUCGUGUACGAGAUUCGUUUUGAGUGAAAAGAACUUGGGCCUGAGAGAGAGUGAGAGAGUGCGUAAGGGACGAGAAGAAAGAAAAAAAAAGUGUAACGACAGAAGGAAAAUUUCCGAAAAAAAAAAAUUGCGAAAUGAAAACCCAACGGGAAAAAACGAAUUCAAAGAGGAAAUUUCAGUAGAGAAAAAUCAGAAAGGAAAACGAACGGGAAUUUUCAGCCAAAUGGAUUUUGAUUUGUGUGAACAACUAUGUGAACAUUGUUUGAUGGAACUUGGUGUUUGAACGAAACGAAGUGAAAAAGCGCAUUGCGAAAAUAAGAAAACGAAAAGAUACACUGUUUGUGCGAUAGAGCAAAGGCACGACAGGCGUUUAAGUUACAAAGUUGGAAUAGUGAACGACAGAACAUCUAUACCUAUAUAUAUGCAAUCGGAGAGAGAGAGAGAGAGAGAGAGAGAGAAAAGUAAAAAAAAGUGAAAGCAGCAUCAAUCAAGACCAUCUCGAAUUCAUUUCUAUUAUUGAAAAGCGUUAGUUAUUUUCGUUUUACCCCAAAAACACCCUUGCUCUGUGCAAUUUUCACAAGAAAAUUUGGACGCAAAACUUUUGCCAUUCCGAGAUUUGAUGAAAAAGCACAUUGAAGGUUUAUGCAGAAAAGAGGGAAAAAAACACACACACAUAAUUCGCAAGCAUAACUCAAGAGGGGUGGUUCAUCCAAAAGCAAAGGCAUUACGAUUUACUAUUUUAUUUUUUGCUGACCGAAAAUUGCCAGUGAGAGAAAAAAGAAACAAAAAAUUAACCAAAAACAUCAAGAUAACAAACUUUUUCGGUUUGCAGUGUGUAAUUUGGUGCAAAAUUUAUAUCCAUUCGUUGCAUUUUCAUUUGUUUUUGCCUAAAUAGUUAUUUUUUUUCCUUUUUGAAUUGGUUGUCGUUUCGUUGGAAACAGAUUCGAUUGUUUAUACGAAGAAAAUUAAAUUUAGACUCGCCAAGCAGAGACGAACAGAGAAAAAAGAAAGCAAGCUAAAGGAAAAGUGGAAAGAGAGCGGAAUUAAAAACGAAUGAAACCAAUGACAAGCGAACAACAAGAGCCACAAGACAAGCAUGAAAUGUGAAUUAGUUGUGAAUUGGCUGGCAUAGAAGAUUGCUGAAUAAAGAUUUGCAAAUCGAAAAGAAAAGAAAGAAAAAGAGAUUAAUUUGUUGCGGUGAAAACGAAGGAAACGAAUCUCUCAAUUGACGAGAAGUGUGUGUGUGUGUGUGUUGAAAGUGUUCGUGUUUCUCUGAAUAUAUCGGUGCGUAUGGUGGUGCUGGCUCCAGUGAGCGCAAGAGAGCACAUUUGUAACAUCGCAUUUUGGUGUGGUGUGUGCUAGUGUUGGGCCAAACAUACAGUAAAUAAUAAACGAGCCAUCGUAUCGCGCGCGCGGCCAAAUCGACGAUCGCCAGUGAAGAAAAAAAAAUAGAAACAAUUUUGGGUUUUCCGAAGAAGAAAAAAACAACAACACACAUACAAUAGAAAACUAAAUUCGGUCUUGGCCGUCGUUGUCGUUGUCGUCGUCGUUGUCAUCGAACGGCCGCCGUCGUCACAUCGUGCACUCUCUUUUUUAUUUGUAUAUUGGUGGAGGUUUACAUUUUAAGUGUUUGUAUGUCGUCGUCAUCGGUAUCGCCGUAUUUAGAUAUUGUUGUUAAUGCAGUCACGAAGCAUAAAAAAGUUGCCCCGAAGUGGUACUGUUGAGACAUGCCGUAAUGGCAAGAGAGGAGUCUCGUGGCAAGAGACCCUUAAAAAUCUGGGACAGUUGGAGAAAUAUUCGAAAAGGUCUAGUUGUGGGAAGUUUUGAAGAAUUAAUUGUCAGAGGUAAAGACAAACUUGGUGUUUCUGCCUCGGAACCAGUUCGCGUUGUGUUGGAGUGUGAUGGCACCCAGAUUGAGGAUGGUGAAUAUUUCCGUACAUUGGCAAAUAACACAGUGCUAUUACUGCUCAGGCAAGGUGAACGAUGGUAUCCAACUGGCGUCGAUGUUAUAAAAGCUGCGAUAUCAGCGAUCCCCCGAAUCGUGUGUGAAACGAUUCAUGCGUUAGAGUUGCACGAUGAAACGCCAUCCUGGAAGAUUAUGGAUAAUAAAGGUCGUGUGACCGUUGUAUUGCAUUGGGAUCAGAGACAAGGCCAUAGCGUAGGCAUUGCUGGUAGUUCCUCAGCAACGGGUAGUACAAUAAUUCAUAGCAGUAGCGGUGUGUCGAGCACGUGUAAUGGUCCCUUACUCGAUAAAUUUUCACCAUCGAAAAAGAGUGGCGGCAUCUCAGCACAAAGUUCGAUCGAAAAAUCCACAAUGCAGCAACGGUAUCCAAGCCCACAAAUUACGGUAAUCAAUCACGACGAUAUACAAUCAACAUACGGUUCGGGGCGACGAUUACCCAAACAAGGUGGCGGCUCAUUCGAUUCGGUGCACAUUCACACACCUGAAUGCUCACACCAUGUGCAUACGCCAAGUCGAGCUGGCAGCCCGAGUGCAGCCGAAUGUGAUUUUCAUUGUUGUGCAUUGCAUGAAGAAGGUCGUGAAAUAGCGAGUGUGGCUACAUCACCGAUCCAAGAUGGAAUUGUCGCAACGGGUAGUAGUGCCGGUGGCGGAACGACAUCAACCUCGCCUAGUCAAAGACGAACACCAAAUCCAAAAGGACAUGUACGAUUUUUGGAUAUCCAACAGGAACGAGAGAGUUCCGAAAGCGAGACAGAAAACACCGUCAUGGAAGACGAAACAAUCACAUCGGAAAAGUUUUUACUGCUGAUCGAUCAGCUGUCGGUUGAUCAAAAGCGUCAUUUAAAUAUUAAGGAUAUUGGUAUAAUAUUAGAGCGUUUAAGUGCAAAAAUUGUUGAUGUUGAGCGCUUAGAUCGCGAAAGUGAAUCAGACGAUUGUUACAAUUGGACUAUGAAAGCAACAAUACGCGGUGAAGCGUUACGUGAAUUAGGUGUUAUUUAUAAUGGUAACUAUUAUGCAAUAUCUGAGCAUCCAGGCUACAAAGAGGAAAACGAAGAGCUUGGCGAAGAGGAGAUCGAAGAAGAGGAUGAGGAUAGACUAUAAGAGCACAAUUAAAAACCAAAAACCUAAAACAAAAACUACACACCCACACACAAACAAAAAAUUGUUCGUUUUUAGAACGGCGAUGAGAACACACAACUUCCAUGAUGAAAUUUCUUUAAGGUCCGUUGAUGCAAACAAAACACACACACAUUAGCAACAUGCAAAAUUUACAAAAAUUUACCCCAAAAAAAGAGACACACAUAAAUAAAAUUUAAAACAAAUCGGAUCGGAUCUAUUGAAAUUGUCUGAAUUGUAAACAAAUGGCUUGAUGUAGAUCUUCGAUGAGCGCCUAAAACAAUUUUCUCCUGCUAUACUAGCAGACUACAAACAGAAAAAAAAACAGUGCAGUACGCCCACUAGUAUACCACAAAAGCUUCCAUGGAUGCCAAUUUCUCGGCCACAGUCUCGACACGAUUGUGGUUGCUUGCAUCACCAUAUGAAAACACACACACAUAUAGACUCAUUCAUGAACUGCCAAUCAAUUCGAAUGCACACUAUUGCCCCUCAACCGCAGCAACAACAACACAAUUUAUGGAGCAAAAAAAAAAACAUGAAAACAAUACACACAAACAAAAUUAGCCCAGACAAAUACUCUAUAGUCAACAAAAUGAACUAAAAUCAAAUGUAAAUGUAAUUAACGAAGAGGAAAGUGAAAGAAAAAAUAACAAACAAAAAAAUUGAAGCGCAACACAUGCAUAAACUAAAACACACACAGUGAAUGAAAAUGACGAAGAAAAAGAAAA